AAACCUGUGAAUGAAUCAUAAGUGAAUUACUUAAUUCAAUAUAAUGAAAAUGUGUUGUUUAUAACAUUUAAAGCGUUGUAUUUCUUUGGGUAGCGAAAUGUCGAAGAAAAAGAAACCCUGGAAGAAAAUAUUGUACGAGGAUCAGGGCUAUCCAGACUAUUACACAGAUCAGACUUUCCUUUGGGAGCUGAAACGAAACACCAAGUUAAAAGCUAUCAGUCUGCAUGAAGCAAUAUUAGAAGUAUCAGUAGUGGUUCAGGAAUUAUGUGCUGUGAUAAUAUUUGCCUUAAUUUACGUGUUACUGCAUGAGCAGCGAAUUGACCCAGCAGUAACAUUCUAUACAAUAAGUGCUCUGAGUUUGGUUUGUUUUCUGGUUUACAGGAAAUUCCUCAGUUCUGAUAUGACAAAUGCGUUGGGAAACGAUAUCCGAACGCUUCUUAUAUUCCUUGUUUUUGGACAGUUGUUUUCACCUGUACUGCACACUUUAACAGACACCAUAAGUACAAAUACCAUUUACAUGAUGACCUUUUUUAUGAUGCUUGUGCAUUUAAUAUUUUUUGAUUAUGGAGUACCUGCAGCCAUUGUAUCCAAUAGUUUGUCACUUAGCGCAGCUGUCUUUGCAUCAAUAUGCUUAGCGUCAAGGCUGGCCUCAGCCUAUCAUGCAUUUGUCUUGAUCACAAUUGCCAUUGAAAUAUUCGUGUUAUUUCCACUGCUCAGAAAGAAGUUUGGCAGAUCAAUUGUGAUGUGUUCCAUUUUAAUACUUGUUACAAUUGGUUUGUUGCAAGUGAUUUCACCAUUGAUGAAUGUGUGUUUCGUGAUGUCUGUAAUAUUUAUAAACUUCAUAUGUCCAUUUCUAUUUGUAAAGAAUCAAAGUUUUAAAGAUAAUAUUUAUGGUCCAUGGGACGAAGCUGUUGUUCAUGAUGUUGAUAGUGUUUAUGAUUUAAUAUAUUCAUAA